AUGCCUGUGGACUGGGGCUGGCUGGUGCAGCUGGUUUGGUUACUCUGUAAGUGGGUUUAUAUUUAGGUAUUGUAAUGAAAAAAGAAAAUAUUGAGUUAGGCUUACUUUAACUUUCAUUUUUAAACUUUCCGUUUAAUUAAAAAUAAAGAUUAAAAGAAGCAACACAUUGUGAGAAAAUUUAGUGUCAGUUAAUGCGCUCGAAGUCUUGGUGAGGAAAGAACAUACCUUGACAAAACUAACAUUAGAUCCACUGACGAGAACUGUCAAUGGAAGUGCCGUAUUGCUCAGCAAACUUGAUCAACAUGGCACAAUUUGGCUAGGAGUCAAUUCCGAAAAAGUCUGUCAAUUUUAUUUUUUAGUUUUUUUUAUAUUCGCAACAUUACGCCAAAAUGCCAAAAUAGUGGCUUUAUUACGUUUUUCAAAAAUUAAAUUUUUCAAAAAAAAAUUUAUAACUGAGCAGUAACGUAUGUGGUACCUUAAUAUUGUAUUUAUAUUUGUUUCAGAGAUUGGCAGUGUAUGUAGAAAGCUUGUCGAGAAGUUCGGACAAUGAAAUUCGAAUAUUAUCCUUGGAUUCGUCGAAACAUUUGGGAGUAAUCAACCGAAAUACGUAUGAAAAUGAACAGAUGAUAACAUCGUUGGCUGUGGAUUGGAUUACAAACAAGUUGUACGUAUCGUUGGAAGGUGGGACGUUACGGAACGCUGGCACGAUAGAAGGUAAACGUUUUUUCUUUAAAAGUUUUGUUACCUAAAAAUAUUGGGUCUUUAAUGGAAGUUUUAUCUAAAAUAAGGCGGAUAAUGGACUUCAAUUAAUUUUUGAUACUAGAGUAACAUUUUUAAGCUUAAAAUUAAAAUUUUUUCGAUGUUUUGGCAUUUUUAAAAUACAUUUCACUCUUUUAUUAACUUUUUAUGUUUUAGUAUGUUCUCUACCUCCAUCUCAAUCCGACUGCUUCCCCAUAGUCAGCCACGACCUUGACAGUCUCAAUUCCCUUGUGUUAGACCCAUUAGAAGGCUACAUGUACUGGGUGAAUCGGGUACAUAAACGUGUCGAACGUGCUUGGAUGAAUGGAAAACACGUAGAUAAGCAUCCGUUCUACUCUGACGUCAAAGAAGAGGACAUUUCGUUGAUAAAUUCACUGACAUUAGAUGUUGUUAGCAAACAAUUGUAUUUUGUCAGACAUCGUGUGUACAGAGAGACGGCAGAGGUCAUAGUGUGUGACGUGCACAAUAGGGAUUCUUGUUCUAUUCUGAUUGAUAAUGUCAAUGCUUUCUAUUUGGGCGUGGCACAGGUAAACUUUAAUAUGGAUUUAUUAUAAUUGUUUAUUAAUUUUUAAUCAAAAUGUAGUUUUUCUUGUAUAAUAGCUGCCUACUACAAUAUAUUUAUAUCGAAAAUUUUUAGAACAAAGUAUUCUGGACUCCAAUGUUGACCAAAGAAGGCUUCAGAUUCUGUGAAAAAGGUUUUUGUACAAAGCGUCAGUUUGGUAUACCAGGAACGCAAGGGCUACAUUCAUUUAAGCUUAUUGACCAGUCGAUUCAGCCACAUCGUACGUUUCUUCUACUACUUUUAAAUAAUGGCUUUUAAAAUAAUAUUGUAUCUAACCUAAUAUAAUAUUAAUGUUGCCUAAUAUAUCAGUUUUAAAACGAUAAUUUUCAGGAGAAUCCCAGAAUCCGUGUGAAUCUCGUAACGGUGGCUGUAGCCAUCAUUGUCUUCUGAUUCCGGGUGAUCCGUGGAGGUCAUGUGCCUGUGCUGUUGGAGUUCGGCUUCUUGAGAAUCAAUUCACUUGUGAUCCGAAAGGAAUUCAGAAUCUUCUCAUCGUGGGAUCAGAAUCGGGAUUAUUCAAGAUUUCACUGGAUACAGAAGACUUCAUUCCUCAGAAGAUUAUGGUUAACGAUGUUAAAAGUGGUGCUACGGAAACUCAGAAGAUUGUUUCUAUUGACUACAACUUUAACGAUGAUAAGAUAUAUUGGUUGGAUAAGGAAAACCAGGAGAUCAAGAGGACUUGGUUGGAUGGAGAAGGCUAUGAGGUAACGCACGGACAUUGAACAUGAAAUAUUUUUUCUUUACUUUAAUUGAAGUAUUGCUUAACAUAGUUUAAUAAGGCGUAUUUUACCUUAAAAGUGACAUAACUUACUUAAAUCAAUGGAUUUCAUUGACUUCUAUAAUAUCUCAGGUCCUGCCAAUUCCACCAGAAAAAGUAUCUUCAGUUGACCAAAUUCUGGUCGAUUCUGCUGGUCAGAACAUGAUUUGCUUAGAUUCCUUCAACUCAGUGAUCGAACUCAUUAAUCUUUCUCAACUAUCAUCUAACUCAACAUUCCAUGUUCAUGUUAUCGUAUCUAAACAACUCUUUCAACCAAAGUCUCUGGCACUCUCUCAGAAUCGGUUAUAUUUUGUCAAUUACUGGCAGAACGAAGAGAGGAUUGAAUCCAUCUGGUUGGAUGGUACUCAUCGUACUGUGCUACACCGUACUUCUACCUCAUCUUACAUUUCUUCGAUUACUGUGGAUUCUGGAGAACAGAAGAUAUACUUUACGGACAAGGAGCGAGGCACGUUGAUGAGUAUUGAUAUUAAGAGUGGCAGUGAUUUGAACAGUGGUACUGAAAUGAAAAGUAGUACUGAUAUUAGUACUGAGGUUAAUAGUGGUACAGAUACAGUGCUAUCUCAAGACGUUAAGAAUCCGCACCAAAUGAGCAAGUUAGGUCCAAAUGUGUUCACUAUAGAACUGGCUGGUCGUUCUGUCACUAGACUCAGAUUGUUUGAUAACAAAGUAAAGGUUUCUGAGUUGGGACAGUCGAUUUAUGGCCAAACAUCAAUAAUGGCAUUGAAUCUACAUCAAAGUGCCAAAAGUGAUGACAGAUGUGGGGAAUGCCAACAUAUCUGUUUAGUACUGUAAGUUACUGUAUUUUAUGUUAUGUUGAGCUAGUUUGACUUUAAAAAAUUGUUUAAAACAAUAUAAAAACCUUACUUUCAGCCCUUCUUCAUCAGUGAAAUGUGUAUGUGGAGAUGGAUACGAGCUAAACCGAGACCAAAGGACUUGUUCCAAGAUAAAAUCUUUUAUAUUAUUGUCUUCCACUGAUACUAAUGGCUUACUACGAUUGUCAACAAAGCCGUCGAACAGCAAUCCGACCCUCUUAAAGAUUCAGAAUGCUAAACACAUCAAGAGUGUAACAUACGACAAGAUACGGAGUCAUUUGUAUUCGAUUACCGGGAAUGGAAACAACUACUACCUUAAUGUUAAUGACAUGAACAAGAGUAAGAGCACGGUGAUAUUUGAGUUUAGAGACUUGAAGUACAUGGACAAUAUGGUGGUGGAUGAGGCUACUCAGAAUAUUUAUUGGUAUGUUGUUUUAGGGAUCGUAUUGGAGACUUAUAUGAUUUAUAUGGCUUUAUCUAUAAUAUAUAUCUUGAUGUUGCACAUAAUGAAAGGCUGUUUGUAUGGCUAUAUAUAACGUUGUUUUAGGGUGAACAAACUCCUGAGACGCGUAGAAGUGUUCAAUCCUCAAAAUCACAUACGAUUGACGUUACUAUGGAAGGACAUUGAACCUUGUGACAUUGCUAUUGACUUCAGAAGGAAUGUCCUUAUCUUUACUAACAGCUACAACAAUACACAUAGGGUUAUGGUAAGUAAAGCAGUGUAAUAAUAUCGUACUAUUUUCAAGCUUCAGAAUCCUUUUUUCAGAAGCUAAGCCUAAACAAUCUCCGUUCACCCCCAACAACAAUAACAGAGAUGCCAGGCCCUAUUACCAGCCUCGUACUUAACCAAAAUACCGCAACAAUUUUUUUUACAAUAGCCAACGAACUUUAUUCCGUAUCUCUUACUGGUCUUCAUCUGAAGAAGCACUUCACAUCGACCAGUAUAAUCGACAAAAUGACAUUACACCAGUCAUCACUCUUCUUCUACAACUCCACUGACUCAAGUAUAACAAGGUACGACAUGGGUCGGAAUACGUUUGCAGUUGUCCAUAGUAACAUUAAGAACGUGAAUACUAUUACUAUGGUGAAUGUAGAAGAUGGCGCAAUCGGACAGUCGGAGAGUUUGAGGAAGUGUGAAUUGGAAGCAGACUCAAAGAAUUGUAUCUGCAUUAAGGUAACGUCGACAUAUGAAUGUAGAUGUGGGGAUCAGUAUGAGUACGACGAUAUUGCGGAUGAAUGUGUUGGUAUGUUUUAUUUAUGUUUUCUUUUCUGAAUGGAACUACAGUAAUCUUCUUUAUUAUUAUAGUAUAUAUUCUUUAGAACCCUCAAACUUCCUCUUACUCUCCUUAAAAGACCGCUUCCUCCGUUUCAACAUACGACAAGAUACCAAGCACUCCCUAUUCGACACAAACUCUGUGCCAUUCUCAGUACUACCCAUAAACAAUGUUGGCCAACCUGUCGCCAUAACUUUUGACUUGUACUCGAAACAUCGCUAUAUCUACUGGAUCGACGGCUUCGAUCGAAAUGGGGCUGAUUUGAAGCGAUCAUCUGACAUUGCGCGACAACAAUUGCCAUCAUAUCUGAAUUUGCAUAAAGAUUCGAAUUGUUCACAGCUAUUUGAUGUCGUAUGUGAUUACAUUGGCAGACAGUUGUUUGUGUCUUGCAGUCACGGUAAUGCUGCCAGAUAUGUGCAUUUGUGGAAGAUAAAGGUAAGAAGAUGUUGUAGUAGGUAGGUGGAAGAGUAGACUGAGGUAGGACAGGAUAAUGUAGAGUAAUGUAGGGUAGAGUAGGGUUGAAUAAGAUAGGACAUCAUACGAUAGAAACCUCAUAUCAAUUUACAACUUUAGGAAGAUGAUGAGUUACAGUACCUUGGUAAAGUGGUAGACGGUUCCAAAAAGUCUACAGUAACCAACUUAAAGCCAGCUCCAAGGAAGAUAGCCGUCUUUAACAGGUUAAAGUAAGUAAAUCAAUAUUUAUAUAAGUCAUGAUGACGCAUAAUCACACAUGUAUUUUUUUAUACAUUCAUUAAAGUAGCAAGUACUACAACAACAUAUACUCACACUUUUACAGGACCCUCUACUACACGGACGAGAACCCAGAACUCGACCGUCCUGUCAUUGUCAAGUGUAACAUCGAUGGUAGGAACUGUGAGGCCGCGGUAACUGAUAAUCUACAUUCUCAUCAUGUACGGCUACAAUCCGACCUCUCAACCUAUUCAAUGCUCUACACAUCAGACGAUGGUAUCUGGUCAAAAGAUGUAUACCUCGAUCAUAAAGAACAUCACCAUCUUCGUAUCCCUCGACAUGAACAUAUACAAAUAACAUCAAUAGCACCACUCAACGAGAACGUGGUAUUGUUUAGUGCAUCUUCUACUACAACAUACGACGACAAAGUGUUUGAGAUACGGAGAGGUAGGUAAUAGAAGUGUUUGUAGUCUUUAUGGAAUGACAAUUUAUCAUAUUACUGCUUUACUAUGAUAACGUUACCUAAUCCGAUCAAAAUUAUGUUCAGGUAACACCACAACAUCGUUCAACGAUCUCCGACCGGUCAAAUUCUUCCACAUUUUGAAUGAAUUCGACGGUAACCGAGUGAAUCUUCUUACCGUAGGCAAUCUGAAUACCUUAAACGAGCCGUUCGAAUGGGAGAUAAGCAGUAAUCCAUGCUCAAGCCAGUCAUGCUCUCAUAUAUGUACGUUACAGUACAAUCAAAGGGACAACAACCGAUGGCGACAUGACUGUUUGUGUCCGUUGGGUUACGGUAAAGUCAAGGAAAAGUAAGUUUUUGUAUAUAAGACUUCUCCAUGUUUUCUUGACUAUCCUAUACCUCACCUCUAUCCUCCCCACUCCAUCAGCCAAAAUCCCUUUUCACUCACCCCACCCUACAUUACUCUACCUUGCCCAACCCUAACCUAAAAUACUCCCCCCCCCCUUACCCCUACCCUCUAAAGCACAAUCUUAAGCAACAUUAACCUAUUAUCCAUCAUUGUAGCGACCAUAUAUGUGAAGCCCACGUCGUAUGUCAGAACUGGGAGUUUGCAUGCCAAGAUAACCGUCAGUGUAUUCACAUGUCCAAGAAGUGUGAUGGUACUCCAGACUGUCAUGAUCAGAGUGACGAAAGUGCUCUACAAUGUGAUGCCAGAAGGAGUAGCAACAUAUCCAUGAACUGGGUCUGUAACAACAAACAGAAUAUCAUCAAAAAGUAUCAGGUAAUUAUUUGUGAUACUUCUUAAUGUUUGUGGUACUACUGUAAAUGUACCAUGCCAUGAUAAGUUAUGUUAGACUGUUUUUAAGUAAUACUAUACUAAACAGUUACUUACAAGUUACGUAUGGCUCAUAUGCUAUGCUUAAAGUUACCCUUAUCAACUUUCAGUUAUGUAACGGACAUGUAGACUGUCAAGACGGAUCAGAUGAAACCUACUGUAGAUGUAAUAACCCUUCAGAAUACUUUGACUGCACUCUUUGGGCCCGAUCUACCACAACUAAUGUAUACAAUGAUCAUUGUAUAACUAGAUCUCUCAUGUGUAACGGGAAAAGAGACUGUCAUGAAGGUGAAGAUGAGAUUACUGAGGUAAGUGUCAUUAUAAUGUUUUUUCUUAUAGCUAAGUUUACGUUAAUAUGCCUGUUUACACACCUUUACUGUGACUACGGUAAACAGAUAAUUGCUGGUUACUUAAGGCUACAGUAAGGUCUUACAGUACAAAAUAGAAAAUUUUCUACAUAUGAUCGUACGAAUGUUAAAUUUUAUAUGCCUAUUUCCAGGUUUGUUCCUUCAUAGCCAAAGACCGCCAAUCCACCUCGAUCCUCGAGCUCAUUUACCACGGUAAAUGGUCCCUACUGAUAGUCAUAGCCAUUAUCAUUAUCUUCGUAUGCAUCCUCUUAUGUAUUGCUUGUUUCGCGUAUCAAAAAGAAUGGCACCGUGGUCGAUACAACCAUAUGACGGCACGACAAGUCCUUCUACCACAAUCACAACAACAUACCGAGGCCAAGUUGAUUAUACCAUCACGGAAUCCUGACAACAGCAUGGUUGAAGUGGCACUUCGUACCUUCAGUCAUCAGACGGCAGAAGUGCCAAUAUACAGUGAUUGUUAUGUUCGGAACAGUGACUACUCUCACACCCUAAGGCCUUAUAUGUACCCUGCUCAUCAACCACUUCGCUACCGUACCCUUCCCAAUCACGUCAGAGCUCCGCCUUCUUUUGUAGCCGAACCCAUCUACUACGGAGUUCAGAGUGGAGCUGGCGAGGAUUUGGCUACACUGAUACCUGCUUCUACUAUCACUGGCGCUAGUUCGGCUAUGUUACCUCCUCCUCAGUUUGGGUACGAUAGAAGGUUCUAUGCACCACCACCUUCUGCGGCUAGGUAUGUUUUGCAUUAUCAAACAGUCAAAUGCUAAUAGAAAAUGUGCCAUAGUAUUUUUAAGGACUUCUGCACUAAAUAACCAAAAUUUUAAACAUAUUAACAUUAUUUUUAAAUUUUCGUUACAGUAUGUCAACUUAUGGAGUAGUCAAGCCAGCCGACAUGGCCAUCCUGGAAAACGAAGCGGCUUUAUCUACUCAGAAGCCCUAUCGUUCCAAACGAAAACCUCGAAAACGACCGAUAAAAACAAGUAGAAAACCAUCGGCCGAUCAGACUCCUGAUCCACCACCUCCAUAUCUGUCGUCAGAAGAUGAGUAA